AUGAACAUUCUCGCAAGAACAGUUCGGGCCGCCACUUUUGCCUCAGGAAAACCUUUAGCUUCUGUUCGUUUUUAUGCACAAGAAGCAACGGCCCCUAGUAAUAUUUUACGCUUGAAUUUUGCCCUUCCACAUCAGACGCUUUAUCGAAAUGUUGAUGUUCAACAAGUGAAUCUCAGUUCAACUUCGGGCGAUAUGGGUAUUUUAGCUAAUCAUGUUCCAUCUAUAGAACAACUAAGACCCGGAGUAAUUGAAAUAAUAGAGAAUCCAAAUACGACUCAAAAGUAUUUUGUAAGCGGUGGUUUUGCUAUUGUCCAUCCUAAUUCUUCGCUGGAUAUUAACGCGAUAGAAGCAUUUUCAUUGGAUGACUUUUCAAUUGAGAGCAUCAAAACAAACCUUGCAGAAGCACAACGAAUCGCUGCUUCAUCCGCUUCUGAGGAAGAAAAAGCGGUAGCCUCGAUUGAAGCGGAAGUAUAUGAGAACCUUCAAAAAGCAUUGACUAAAUCAGCAUAG